AAACUGAUCGGGUCUCCUGGGACGCUGUCAGAACAGACAAACACAACCGCCUAAAGAGACGCGGAUUCUUGUUUUAUUCAUGUAUGCAGCCCAAGCGUAACACUAAUAUUCAAGGAUAACACGGUUUCCUGGAGUGGAGCCGUCGGCCGAGACUAUGUGUUAUGACAGGGGACAGAGAGAGUUAGUUUACCGCAGUGUAGCUCUCCGCGCAUCCAGCAUGAAGCCCCCGGUGUUCGGCGUAUCCUCCGUCUGCGCUGUUUUCUUAGUCUGGACAUUAUUUUCGGUGCCGUGGGGUUCCUCAUACCCUCUCGAGGGAGGAACAGGUUCGCCCCAGCUGAGGUUCGUGGAGGAGUUUGAUCGGUUUAGGCUCGGGUUCAGCUGGCUCAACAUGUCCUGCUCGGUGUGUAAAGCGAUUUUCGCCACGCUUGACAUCGCGCUGCUGAGUGACUCAAACAUGGAGCGUGUGGCGCACGCUUUAGGAGAGGCCUGUGUUCGCCUGCAUCUGGCCGAGGCGCAAGUAUGCCGAGAAAUCACUGAGCUCUUCCGAGACGAUGUCAUCCGUGCGCUCCAGGAGUCCUUCCUCUGGCCUUCGGAGGCUUGCGCUCUAUUGGUUGGACCUACGUGUGGCCAUUUUGAUAUUUAUGCCCCCUGGAAUGUGUCCCUGCCGCAGGUCCCCAAACCCCCUGUUAAACCGCCCACCCCUCCCAAACCGGGCUCUUCACAGAGCCGAAUUCUCUUCCUCACGGAUAUCCACUGGGAUGCGCAGUACGCCGAGGGCAGUCUUGUGGGCUGUGAGAUGCCACUGUGCUGUCGGAAUGACUCCGGGAGGGCCAGUUGGAAGCACACUGGAGCCGGAUACUGGGGCACGUAUGGCAAUUGUGACCUGCCUCUGCGCACAGUGGAGAACCUUCUCCAAAACGUAGCCAAAUCUGGCCCGUGGGAUUGGGUUUACUGGACAGGAGACAUCCCAGCACACAACGUCUGGUCUCAGACUCGAGCACAACAGCUGAACGAGCUCGUCACCAUCACUAGACUCAUACACAAACACCUGGGGCCUAAUGUAACCGAUAAACCAUCUAUUUAUAAACACUAAAUCACACCAUUUAAUAUAUUGCAAUACCACAUUUCUAGGUGGUUUUACUACUACAUGAUUUAUAAUUUUAUUAUUAUUAUCAACACAUUAUUUAUUUAUUUAUUUAUUUGUAAUGUGUGUUCUGUCUUCUCUAGGCGUGGAGGUUUUUACACGGUUGAAGUUGAGCGUGGUUUGAGGGUGGUGUCCUUGAACACAAACUUCUGUGCGCGAGAGAACUACUGGCUGAUGGUGAACUCCACAGACCCGGCCGGUCAGCUCCAGUGGCUCAUCAACAUACUACAAGAGUCAGAGAACAAGGGAGAGAAGGUCCACAUCAUCGGUCACAUCCCCCCGGGACUCUGUUUGAGCAGUUGGAGUUGGAAUUACUAUCAUAUAGUGAACAGAUAUGAAAGCACCAUAACUGGUCAGUUUUUUGGACACACGCAUGUCGAUGAGUUUCAGAUGUUCUAUGAUGAAGAUACAUUGACUCGUCCACUAAGUGUGGCUUUCAUCGCCCCAAGUGUGACCACUUACGUCAACCUGAACCCAGGAUAUCGUGUAUAUUACGUGGAUGGAAACUACCCAGGCAGCAGUCGCAUGGUUUUGGAUCAUGAGACUUUUAUUCUUAAUUUGACUCUGGCCAACAACCAGCCCUCAAAACCUGACCCCAACCCAUCCUGGACCUUACUGUACCGCGCGUCUGAGGCCUACGGUUUGUCCACACUCUUCCCAUCAGACAUGGACGCUUUGAUCAAAGUCAUGAAGAAUGAUGACCGUGUCUUCCAGCGCUUCUGGUACCUCUUUCAAAAAGGCCACAUCUCAAAGCCUUGCACAGACACUUGCAAGACGUUACUAAUCUGCCUUCUACACAGCGGACGACACGACCUUGUAACACAGUGUGACAUGCUACACGAAGAUAAACACUCUGUUAGGAAGACAAUGUGUUGAGAAAAUAUGAAACUAGAGUUCUAAUGGGUUCUUUUUGUAGCAAUUUUUUUACGUUUGUACUGGAGAUCAUCAAAAGCUGAUUUGCUAUGGACUUUUAUUUAAAGCUGUUAGGUAUCUCGUCAAGAUAGGGUUAAAAAAAAUCAGCAGUUCUUGUAAAGAUGUGGACUUUAGAGCAGAGAACCGAAGUAAAGUAUAACUGGUUGAAAGUGGAACAGGUAGUGACUUCACUGAAUCAUCUGGCGUGUUAGUGCCUCAUAAAAACCACAACUACUCAAACGUCUCAGUCCUCAUUCUCACUCAUGUGGUUCAGUGGGAUUUGCGUCACUCUUGAUCGGAUUGUGGUCUGUCACUUUAGAAGUGUUUUGUGUUAUCACUUCCUGCAUUGACCUAUAAUUUGCACACUGGAGCCUGUUGAAGGCUUAUUGUAAAAAAAAAAAAAAAAAGGUUUAUUGAUUCAAGCUCAAGUCGUUAAACUUGAUUGUUUUAAUUGCCAAU